GUUGGUUCGCUCCGCCGUGUCUGGUGCUCAGCCAGAGCUGCGAGAGGCUGUUAUUUAGGUCCGUUACAGCAGACAGAGAGCAGCUCACCCAAGGGCAAGUGGGGGGGAGAGAGAGCGCGAGACAGAGAGCGCGAGACAGAGAGAGCGAGAGAGAGAGAGAGUCACGCUCAGCCGGGCAGGAACCAGAUCUGCAUUCCAGCUGAGAGGGAACGAGGGGGAAAAACUCCAGCAUCGGCAGGAAGAGAAGGAGAGUGACAGCGGACAGCGAGAGCGACGCGAAGGCGGCGGAUCCGCGCGGCGCUCGAGUCCCGCUGUUGUUGUUGUCGUCGUCACCGGGUCGGCGUGACGCGCGCGGCGGGAGCGGAGCGGGACGUCGAGGGGCUCGGAGGGAUUCUUGUUCAGGGCGGAGGAGAGCGAGAGAGCGAGAGCGGAGGGGGGCUGAGGGGGUGGGGUUAGGGUUCCCGGUGCCAUGUUCGACUGCAUGGAGGCUCUGGGAAUGGGCCCCCGUCAGCUCUAUGAUGUCACCGGCCGGGGCGCGUGCAUGCUGCGCAAGGCGAGCCCCUUCUUCGCGGGGCUCGACCCCUUCGCCUGGACGGGCAGUGCCAGCGUUCAGUCGGUGGAGACCCAGAGCACCAGCUCAGAGGAGAUGGUACCCAGUUCUCCGUCUCCACCUCCCCCACCUCGUGUCUACAAGCCCUGCUUUGUGUGCCAGGACAAGUCUUCGGGGUACCACUACGGGGUCAGCUCCUGUGAGGGCUGCAAGGGUUUCUUCCGACGCAGUAUCCAGAAGAACAUGGUGUACACCUGCCACAGAGACAAGAACUGUCAGAUCAACAAGGUCACACGCAACCGCUGCCAGUACUGCAGGCUGCAGAAGUGCUUUGAGGUCGGCAUGUCCAAGGAAGCCGUGCGCAAUGACAGAAACAAGAAGAAGAAGGAUGUGAAGGAGGAGUUGGUGCUUCCAGAGAGCUAUGAGCUAAGUGGAGAACUCGAGGAGUUGGUCAAUAAAGUCAGCAAAGCUCACAAAGAAACCUUCCCCUCACUUGGGCAAUUGGGCAAAUAUACUACAAACUCCAGCUCAGACACCCGGGUCCAGCUGGAUCUGGGUUUGUGGGACAAGUUCAGUGAGCUCUCCACCAAAUGCAUCAUCAAGAUCGUGGAAUUUGCCAAACGGCUGCCAGGUUUCACCACCCUCACCAUCGCUGACCAGAUCACUCUGCUGAAGUCUGCCUGUCUGGACAUACUGAUGCUGAGGAUCUGCACACGCUACACUCCAGAGCAGGACACUAUGACCUUCUCAGACGGCCUGACUCUGAACCGGACCCAGAUGCACAACGCCGGUUUUGGACCUCUCACAGACCUGGUGUUUGCCUUUGCCGGCCAGCUUCUACCCCUGGAGAUGGACGACACAGAGACCGGCCUCCUGAGCGCCAUCUGCCUCAUCUGUGGAGACCGCAUGGAUCUAGAGGAGCCCCAGAAAGUGGACAAGCUUCAAGAGCCUCUACUUGAGGCUCUGAAGAUCUACGCCCGUCGCCGUCGCCCCAACAAACCUCACAUGUUUCCACGCAUGCUGAUGAAGAUCACUGACCUCCGGGGCAUCAGCACUAAGGGCGCAGAGAGAGCCAUCACUCUGAAGAUGGAGAUCCCGGGGCCAAUGCCUCCUUUGAUCAGGGAGAUGCUCGAGAACCCAGAGGCCUUUGAGGACCAAACAGAGGACAACGAGAGCCCGCCCCCUCCGCCACCGCCACCGCCGCCUGCACCGCCCACGCAGGUCAAGCAGGAGGCCGAGGACGAGGAAGACAGCUGGGCCGCCGAGAACGGCAGCGAGCCAUCGCCGGAAGAGGACGAGGAUGAGGACGAGGACGCGGGCGAUGAAGAUCGAGACAGGGGCUCGGACAGUGACGGGGAGCCCUGGGGCGCGCUAGACGCCGCGGACGGGUCGAGGAAGGGCCUCGUUGGGAGGGCGCAGUGAACAGAGCAUUUCAGACCUACGCACCCCCAUGCACACACAGGCACAAACACACACACACAAACACGUACACGCGCACUCAAACCUGCUUUGAGACAAACGACACAACCUCACUCAGUCUCCCACCUCAACAAUAAGCCGGCCUUCCCUCCUACUGCACGUCACUGUGUCCUCCACGGGCGGAGCGCAGCAGAGCCUUAUGUGUACAGACACGUCUAACUCAGGCCACCCGGUCCGUGACAAAGGAGCUCCAGGAAAAGAAAGUAAAGGAGAGAUGGCGGCGAAUCCUCUGAACUCCCGGCGCAGCCGAGAGGCUGGCAGAACCUCGUUGGGAAAGCCUAACGUCUUGGUUUUUCUUGGCGUUUGUAUCAAAAUAGGGGUCACGGCCAAACCAGACACCAGAACUGAGCGGUCGGUUCCCGUGGAUUGCAACAAGCACAUUUCUCAAAAAAACAACACGAGUACAGGGCAAAACCAAAUUAAGUAUGCUAAUCUGUUGUUGUUAUGGUUAUUGCUUUUGAAUAUUGUUUUCAAUUUUUCUUUCUUUCAAUUUAUAAAUAAGUCCAUACAUAUCUAUAUACCAUUAUAUUUUUGUCUUUUAUUUGUUAUUCUGGUUUUAUAUAUGAAUCCUUUUAGAGAACCUUUUUUCUUUUGAAUAGCUUUCCUGAGAACAUAUUUGGGGGGAAAGAAGGGUAAUCACAACUGGCUGGGUCUUCCUUAUCAGCUACAUAUGCUUAGCUGGGGCUUUUUUGGGGGGGGACUUUGGCUCACUGUGGAUGUCAAUCAUAAUCAACCCAGAGGACUAUUGUUAUGUUGCAGGGACUCAGAUUCUGUUAUCAGGGAAUUGGCAUUAUUCUCGUUGCAGCAGACUCAUGCUGUCACCGCGGAAAGUAAAGUAUCUUUGUGCCAAAGUUAGGAAAAGUCAUCCUGAGAGCAUGAGUGUAACUACUGGCAGGUAGACUCCAGCUGCCAUCCAGUCAUCCUCGCAGCGGCGCACACACGUUAACACACGAAUGCACACACAAACAUACAUGUCAUGCACACACCCCGUUCUCAAUACCCCCCAGCUGUAGCAAACACAUGACAUCAAGCGCCCGGACAAGGGGCCUUAUACUUGACCGAAUAUGUAGCACUUUCGUGAUCCUCUAUUACUUACUCUCUGGGAGCGGAUAUUUCCAUUAGUGUGUCCAAACUGAUGACGCCAUGCACGACACCUACGAUACAAUCGACCUUACAGCACUCCCUGAUGAUGUCAGUAGAAGAAUGCACACUUUCAGCACAGAUUUAAAAAAAAAAACACAUCCACACAUGGUCAGCAGCGACGCACAGACGUACAGACAUAUGCAAGUCGAAAGCAGGAAUCUUCAUGGAAGACAUUUUGAAUUCACACUCAGGGCUUUUCAGUAAGGACCAAACUCUCGCCGCAUUUAGGCUCGCUAGAAACAGGCAAUAUUUAUGUGUGUAUUCUUGACUCCGUUUUGAUCAGCUCGACUCUGCGUGUACAUAGAAGGAGACAAAUCUGAGAAAUCAGCAUGUGUGCCGGCCCGGCUCUCUCAUGGAGUGGGGGGGGCAUUUCAUCAGAGUCAUCGGCGCUGCCCCCGCCUGUGCUCGUGCUGGCAUCCAAGCAGCAAACUGCCUUCUCAUCCUAAAAGCCAUUAUAUCGUCUUGUCUCCUCGUGUACAUCCUUGCCUCUCUUUAAGCAGUGGAGGAUUAUGUGUUCUCAUGUAUAUUUUCUUUAUUGCCAAAUUGUCUUGGAGCGCGGCUGAUAUAAAGUACAGAAGGGGGGACGGGGGGGGACGGGGGUCUGUCUCUCUUUGAAGCAAUAUGAACAUUCUUUCUGUAGCGGUGGGAGGUCCCAUCCUCUGAAUAUGGUCUCCUCAGUUUUGUGUGUAUGCGUGCAUGUGUGAGACAGUGUGAGAAUGCUUUAAAAUGAUUUAAGUCAUUGAGUGAAUGACCACACCCCCCCCCCCCCCUCUCUCGCUCUCUGCAGGGCUGUCAUAAUGUCAAUGAUGGAAAUGCAGGCAGAAUUUUGAGAUUAUGUCGUUUCAUGUUUUUUGUUUUUCCAACAUGGCCACGGUGUUGUCCACUCUCUGUUUAUGUCAACUCUUGUCAUACAAAGAAAAGCCAUAUAAACAGUAAGAGUAACAAUAAACUACUUUUGUGAGAUGA